GUGACAAAUAUGGCGGAUAAUCAUAAGUGGUUUGUGUUUUUGGUGGAAUUAAAAAUGUUUAAUUAAAAAAGUUUGUCCGAAUUGCGAAAUUUUCGCUUUUAGUUUACACUUUAGUUGUGUGCAGGCAGCCCGUUGUCACUUUCAGGUGGAUGCAUUGAAAAAAAAAAAUCAUAUUUGUUCACUCUAAUUCAAGCACCGCUACAAGCAGAAGUGAUGAAUGAAGAGUAAUAUCAUGGCAGAAGUUGCUUCUCCAAAUAAAGAUGGAAAAGACAGCGGCUCACCCAGUAAAGAUAAGCUAUUUGACCCUUCAGUUGAUAUGCUCGUUAACGAUUUCGACGACGAAAGAACUCUAGAAGAAGAGGAGGCUUUAGCAGCCGGAGAGUCUGAAGAUCCGAACGCCGAACUUUCUAGUUUACAAAAGGAGAGUAAUAUGCCCUUGGAAGAACUACUGGCUUUGUAUGGUUACCGAGGCGAAAAUCAGGAAAACGAGAGUCCGAUUGAGGAAGACGCGGAUCCGUCGGAACCCAUGGAGGAGCAGGAGAGCGAGACUGAUCCCCCAGAUCAGCCGUCGAAACUGAGAGCCUUGUACGAAAACAUCCCCGAGAACGACCAAGACGCGGCGAGAUUAUUACGUUCGGUGUCGCGAGUGAGCGAGGAAGAAGAAGAAGAUUACGACUACAGUCCAGAUGAAGAUGAAUGGAGAAAGGUUAAUAAGACGAUUAUGGUUGGUAGCGACUACCAAGCACAAAUUCCUGAAGGUUUAUGUCAUUACGAUGAUGCAUUGCCUUAUGAAAAUGAAGAUAAACUUCUAUGGGAUCCAUUAGUGAUAAGCGCCACAAUAACAGAAGACUUCUUGAAAAAGGCUUCUGAAAUAUCAAAACCGCCGAUUCCGAUGGGUAGUCAUCUGCGGGACGAUGAACAAGCGUUAUAUUUGUUACAACAGUGUGGUCAUAACGUGGAAGAAGCUUUACGGCGUUUAAGAAUGAACGUUGCCCCCAGUUCUGACAAUAUGAGUCUUUGGUCAGAAGAAGAAUGUAGAAAUUUUGAAGCUGGAGUCAGGUGUUUCGGGAAAAAUUUCCAUUUAAUACAACAAAAUAAGGUUCGUACAAGGUCUGUGGGGGAAUUAGUUCAGUUCUAUUAUUUGUGGAAGAAAUCUGAAAGGCAUGACAUAUUUGCCAACAAAACGAGAUUGGAAAAAAAGAAAUACACUUUACAUCCCGGUCUUACUGAUUUUAUGGAUAGAUUUUUAGAAGAUCAGGAUGGUAGAGAUAGAAGUUCUUCCCCAAAUGUACAGUGCAGUGUUUCAGACAAUAAAAAAAGUGUUCCAGAAAAUGUUUCGCAACAGACAAAAUCGACACCUGAUGCAUAGUCACUAUUUAAAAUAGAAUAUAUCUAUGAUAGAUCAACUAAAGUUUUAUUAAAGAAAGUUUUAUGUACAUUUAAAAGUUCCUGUAUUUUAUUAACAUUCAUUUUCAUGGAACUUAUACUUGUUAAUUUAUUUAUAUUUUUAUAUUAAUAUAUUUCGUCGAUAUAAUGUAAACUUUAUUUUAUAUAUGAUAAAUAAUUAUGUAUAUAUUUUAUAUAAGUACUUUGUAGGAAGCAACCUUUGUUACUCAUUGUGACAAAUAUCUUUUUAUUUAUUAUUUGUUUCACGUUUUAUAUUUUUCAUCUUUUAUACGCCGUAUGUGUCUAACUUUAAUUUUAAAACAGUUGACUGUAUAUAGAUAUUUGAUUGUUUAAAGCAAUAGCACUUCAUAAUCACAAGAUAUCGUUCGAGAUCGUGAUUUUGAUUUAUUGAGUCAAAUAAAAGUAUUUUAUCGUUUUAAGUUAGGUUCUUCAAGAGAUACGUAUUUAAUUUAGAUUUUAGUUCCAAAUACGAAUAAUUUGUUGCAUGUGCGUGAUUUACGUGGAACAAAUUAUUCUGACCUGAUAUGUGUGUAAAACAGUAUAAGAUUUUUGGGCCACAGUUUCAAUUUUCGUUCGGAAUUUUUCUAGAGUGGAGUAAAUUGAUAACAAAAAUAUAGUUGCUGGACAAUGAUUAGCAAGGUGGUUGCUAUUCAUUCAAAACCACAAUUACUGGAUGUAUAGCAACGUUGCUAACGGUAUACGUGUAAAUUAUUGGUAAUUUUCCACCCACUUUUAAAAUUUUCCUUAACGUAAGCACCUAAUAGUACUAACCGUUACACGCAAUAAAGUCGAAGAUUUUGAUUUAAUAAAUUGUAGGGAGUGGUUUAUCAACUCCGCGAGUGUUGAUGUCGUACCGACAUUUCAGUGCCUAGGCUUGGUAUAAGGAAUGAAAAAUGCUUUAACAGUAUUUUUGUUAUUAAUAUUGGUCCAAUAGUCUUUCACUACCUACCUACUUGUGAAAUCUUAAUUAUAAGAGUAAGUGGUAAAUUGGGCAUAUUUUUACAUAUAGUUGUUUUUGUACAAACUAUAAUUAUGAUAACUAGGAUAGACAUCAUAAAAUCUUACAAAGGUUAAUUAUUUUUCUUAUGAACUGGUGCACAUAUACCUGAUAAUCUUAUUCAUUUUGACUAUUCAACCCUACUCGUACUAUAGGUAUAUAUGCAUAUAGGUUGAAUUUUUUUGUAAGAAAACUGAUAAAACAAACAAAUGUUGACGAGUACUUCGCAACCCACGUCAAAUUAAGUGGUCAACCUUUAAGUUCAUAUAGCAAAGUUAUUUUGUUAUCUUUUUUAACUUAUUGAAAGUAAUAUUUAUAUUGCUUUGUGAGACUUCAAAUGAAUAAAAUCUAUUUUUAUUAA